UACAAGGAAGAUACUUCAAUCUCCUUCUCAUUCAAAUCAACCUAUAAGCUUAUAAGGAAUAUACACACAAAGUUCUUAAUUUUUGUGUAUGUUACUUCAUCAGCAAAACCAUAAGAAAAUGAGAGAAAAUAUUUCAGAAACAUGGUUAGUUAUGAUCAUUGUGAUUAUGUUCACUGCAAUAUUUGCAAAAGUAAUUCAAAUCAAGAAAAGGAAGGAAGAGAAAAGCAUAGGAAGAUUGCCACCAGGAAGGAGAGGUUGGCCUUUGAUAGGUGACAGUAUCAAUUGGUACAAUGCUGUUGCAAGUUCUCAUCCUCCUCAAUUUGUUGAAGAAAUGGUGCAAAGGUAUGGUAAGAUUUUUUCAUGUAGCCUAUUUGGAAAAUGGGCAGUGGUGUCAUCUGAUCCAAGCUUCAACCGUUUUGUAAUGCAAAAUGAAGGCAAAUUAUUCAUGUCAAGUUAUCCAAAAUCUUUUAGAGAUUUGGUUGGUAAAAAUGGUGUGAUUACAGUUCAAGGAGAGCAACAAAGGAAACUACAUGGAAUCGCGUCCAAUAUGAUGCGAUUAGAUAAGCUUAAGUUCCAUUUCAUGAAUGAUAUACAAAAUGUCAUGAUCCAAACUUUGAGCAAUUUCAAAAACCAACAAGUAAUUCUUCUCCAAGAUGUUUGUAGAAAGGUAACGAUCCAUUUACUUUCUAACAACAUUUUCAUUUUCAAUUAUGAGAAAUUUAUCGCGGAACAUGAUUUAAUGCAGGUAGCUAUAAAUUUAAUGGUUAAUCAACUAUUAGGGGUUUCAAGUGAGUCUCAAGUCAAUGAAAUGGCUCAGUUGUUUUCCGAUUUCGUUGAUGGCUGUCUAUCUGUUCCGAUCAACAUCCCUGGCUCUUCAUACCACACUGCUAUGAAGGCAAGAGAGAAAAUCAUAAGUAAAAUAAACAAGAUCAUAGAGGUCCAGAGACAAAAUGGUCCUCCAAAAGAAGGUAAUAAUGGUGUACUUGGAAGACUAAUAGAGGAAGAUAGUUUGCCAGAUGAUGCUGUUGCAGACUUCAUCAUCAAUCUUCUUUUUGCUGGCAAUGAAACUACCACAAAAACAAUGCUUUUUGCAGUCUAUUUUCUAACUCAAUGUCCUAAUGCCAUGGAGCAGCUUCUGGAUGAACAGGAUUCUCUAAGGACUAAGUCUGCAGAAGAAUCUCUUACAUGGCAGGACUAUAAAGCAAUGCCAUUUACUCAAUGUGUCAUUGAUGAAACACUUAGACUUGGUGGCAUUGCAAUUUGGUUACUAAGAGAAGCAAAAGAAGACAUUCAAUACCAAGAUUUUGUUAUACCAAAAGGAUGUUUUGUGGUUCCAUUUCUUUCAGCAGUUCAUUUAGAUGAGAAGGUGUACAAUGAAGCUAAAAAUUUCAAUCCUUGGAGAUGGAUGGAACCUGAAAAUGAGGAAAAGAGAAAUUGGAGAAGUAGUCCAUUUUAUGCACCCUUUGGAGGAGGUGCUAGAUUUUGUCCUGGAGCUGAGCUAGCUCGCCUUCAAAUUGCUCUUUUUCUUCAUUACUUUGUUACAAACUAUAGAUGGAAACAAAUGAAGGAAGAUAGGAUGUCCUUUUUUCCCUCAGCUCGGUUAGUGAAUGGCUUUGAAAUUUGUCUUACAAAGAGACAUGAUAAUAAUCAAAGAAACUGAAACAUAUGUCACCAUGUUCAUCUCAACUAUUUUUUUAGUCACUGUUGUUUUCUCUGACUACAUGUUUUUGCUGAGAUACUCUCUCAGUUGUUGUCCACAACAAUUAUGUAUGUGUUUCAGAGUUUAUAUUAUGUUUUCAUGUAUACAUAUAAUUACAUGUUCAUUUACUCAUGUAAGGGUUUUAUACUUGUAUUGUAUAAUGUAUAGUAUAGUAUAAUAUACACCAGCUAAGUCUUAAAGUGUUUAUUUUUUUCAUUCAUUUUUUCCACGAUAAUCCA